AUGGCUCUGAAUCUCCACCGGCACCAGACCAGCAAGACGGCGACGCGCUUGUUUGAAGUCACCCAUGCCAGACCACCUCUUCUCACUCACCUCCUCUCCCUCCGAAAGCAUACGCCAAUCGAGACCAGUCUCCAGAUUCAGAUCUCCCCUCCUUACCUUCCUCUUCCCGUCCGCCCUGUAACCCCACACCGCAUCGGUCCGCGCGACACCCCGCCGCAGGCCCAGCCGCAACGCCACCCCGCCCGCUCACUGGCAGAUCUCGCGCGUUGCGUCGGACUCUCUGGCAGCAUCGAAAGCGAUUCCCUGGCAGAAAAGCAAUAUUCGAUAUUCCCUGACAGAAAAGCAAUGUUCCCUGGCGAUAAAGCGAUAUUCCCUGACAGCAAAACAGAUUUCCUUGCAGCAAAACACUGGACGCCGGCGCCCUCCCCCACCCACGCCCACACCAUCACCGCCCUCCUUAUCGAUAUGCUCUGUGUCGGCCCAAUAACUCACGACGCGCACCUCUUCCUCUCGCAGCGCGCAACACCAGCCCGCCCGGCCCGCAUUGUCCGCGUGCUUGCUCUGGAAUCCGCAGUCUAG